AUAGAUUCGUACCUCAAAACUCAUAAAGUACUCAACUUCUCCGUCUUUGGACAAUGACUUCUCUGUUCUUUUUAGUUCUCCUUUCCUCGCCUAUUCUCACGAGAAAUGUUGAAGCUAAUCCAAAUUACAGAGAAGCACUCUCCAAGUCAUUGCUCUUCUUCCAAGGUCAGCGAUCAGGUCGUCUCCCUAGAGACCAGCAAGUCUCCUGGAGGGCUAGCUCCGGCCUUUCUGAUGGUUCAACCGCUCAUGUGGACUUAACUGGUGGGUAUUACGACGCGGGAGAUAACAUCAAGUUCAACUUCCCAAUGGCGUUUACCACCACUAUGCUUUCAUGGAGCACGCUUGAGUACGGUAAGCGGAUGGGUCCUGAGCUCAAAAACGCACGUGAGAACAUCCGUUGGGGAACUGACUAUCUCCUGAAAUGUGCUAGAGCCACUCCGGGGAAGCUUUAUGUUGGGGUAGGAGAUCCUAACGUUGAUCACAAAUGCUGGGAACGUCCUGAAGACAUGGACACGCCUCGUACAGUCUACUCUGUUUCCUCGUCUAACCCUGGCUCUGACGUAGCUGCUGAAACCGCAGCAGCUCUGGCCGCAGCUUCUAUGGUUUUCAGGAAAGCUGAUCCUAAGUACUCGCGCUUGCUGCUGGCGACAGCUAAGAACGUGAUGCAGUUUGCUAUUCAGUACAGAGGCGCUUACAGUGAUUCCCUCUCUUCAUCUGUCUGUCCUUUCUACUGCUCUUACUCUGGUUACAAGGACGAGCUGAUGUGGGGUGCUGCGUGGCUACUGAGAGCAACCAACAACCCGUAUUACGAAAACUUAAUAAAAUCUCUAGGAAGUGGAGAUCAGCCUGACAUCUUCAGCUGGGACAACAAAUACGCUGGCGCCUAUGUUCUUCUCUCACGGAGAGCAUUACUUAACAAAGACAGCAACUUUGAACAAUACAAACAAUCAGCUGAGAAUUUCAUGUGCAAGAUCCUCCCAAACUCUCCCUCUUCCUCUACACAAUACACUCAAGGAGGACUAAUGUACAAGCUACCACAGAGCAAUCUCCAAUACGUAACAGCCAUCACAUUCCUCCUCACAACCUACGCAAAAUACAUGAAAGCGACACGUCACACCUUCGACUGCGGAAGCUCCGUCAUCGUCCCCAACGCACUGUUAAGCGUAUCGAAGCAGCAAGUGGACUACAUCCUCGGAGAGAAUCCGAUCAAGAUGUCGUACAUGGUCGGAUUCGGGCAAAGCUUCCCGAAGAGGAUCCACCACAGAGCGUCGUCUCUCCCUUCGCACGCGCUUCUCUCGAAACCUUUGGGAUGCAACGGCGGGUUUCAAUCGUUCUACAGUCAGAACCCUAACCCUAACGUUCUCACGGGAGCGAUCGUGGGAGGGCCGAAUCAGAGCGACGGGUAUCCGGAUCAGAGGGAUGAUUAUAGUCACUCCGAGCCGGCGACUUACAUCAACGCGGCGUUCGUCGGACCUUUGGCGUACUUCGCCUCCGGUAGAUCGGCUUGAAAUCGGAUCUGCCACGUCAUUUCUCCGGUGUGUGUAGUUCCUUUUGUUUUAUAGUUAGAUCCGUUGGCACAAGCCUAACGUGAAACUCAAGUAAGGGACACGUAAUUUAAAAUAUACAACUCUUAAUGGGCUAAGACCCAAAUAUGAUAUAUUAAUGGGCCAGGAAGAAAUUCUACUCGUGGUCUUGUGAUUAUUGGUUUGGAGUAUAUUUAUAUUUAUAUACAUUAAAUCUAAGCGUCAAUAGCUAAUGCCUCAAAAUUAGCACGACGUGUAGCUUAGCUGCAUGAAAUUAGUAUUGACUUCUACAUUAUUGAAAUUAGUUUUGCGGUUUUUUUCGUUUUGAAAAAGACUUCAUUUUUUAAAUAUCUAUAUAAUAUUAGAACCCGAAAAGAUAAAAUUUAUAGAAAUACUAGUGUGACUGUGUGAGGUCGGCCAAGGCGAGGUCGACGCAGAGUAACCCGCCAGGUGUCGUAAAAGAAGGGAACAAUCCAAGCUGGCUCUGUUAAUGCCACGUAGUUACUCAAUCAUUAGUCAGCCUCAUGGGGCCCAUCUCCGUGAUUCCGACCGUCAUUCUCCUUCUCUACCGUUUUCAUUAGUUUUCUAUUCAUUUCAAAAUUUAGUCGACCAAGCAUUUUAUACUAUUUUUAUUGGUUAUGUACAGUGUAGCAAUAACAGUGUUUUUGAAAGUAAAUCGUAAAUCCUUUCUUGCUGAUUUGAAUCUGGAAGACACACGAUUUUUUUUAAAGAACAAUUUCUUUUAUGUAAACCAACACACACAAAUUUGCAUAAGAUCGAUUAAAAAGAAUUAUUGAAAAUUUGUAUGUAAUACU